GUACCGAAGGAGCAGGCAGAGAAUAGUCAGGGUCACAAGCCGGGUUCAGGAACUCAUGGGCAGCGCGGUACAGAGGAUCAGGCAGAGAAUGGUCAGGAUCACAAGCCGGUUCAGUAACUCACGGCAGCACCACGGUACAGAGGAUCAGGCAGAAGGAUGGUCAGGCAAGCCAGGGGUUAAACAGGAGACGGUCAGCAGGGUCAGGAACAAUGCAGAGUCGGCAACAAAUCAGAUAGGCAGAGGAACAGGAACACAGGAUACAAGGUACAGGGGCUCAUGGGAAACAUACACCAAGGCCCUG